AAAUUAACUGUCGGGGGCGCGACCAAUCAAAUCACUUUCCUCCACACCCGCCCCUUUGCCUUACUGACCGACUUACUCACAGUUCGGUUAGUUCCCAGGUGCGCGGUCAAUAGCGACACUUGGUGGCCGAACUGAAACAUUACCCUAACUUGUUGUACAAAAAAAAUCUAAAGCAAACAAAAAAAUAACAAUUUAAAUUCACCACUUCCAUUAUAACUUAGUCAAAACGUGUCAUAAAUGUUACCAAAAAAUGGUUUUACGUAUAAAUGAGAAGUCACGUGACUCAAUCGAUUAGUUUGGCGAAAAAAAAGAAAAAAUAAGAUGUAAAUAUUAAUUUUUCUUUGUGUAGGCAAUAACAUGAGCACAUAUAUGAACCCUGGACAAACGUAAAAAAACGUUUCUUUCUCUUUUUAAAUUUUAGUUAUGUCUUCCUUGUAUCAACGAUGUAUUGGUUGCUAUGGUGACAGUACACGCACGACUACUUUAGAGAAUAGAACGGGCUUUUAGAGAAACUAGACCCCUAUUGUGUUAGCACUCCCGUAGUAUGUAACGGCAAGCGUUCUGAAAUCCGAGUUAAGACAUAUUGGGUGCAUUCAAUUCGGGAAAAAUGUACGGUGAUCUGAGAGCAAAACCUUCACUGUUGUGGUAAUAUUAUAUCCUCUUUAAUUUUAUUUCCCUGGGUUCUCUGUGAUUGCCGUACUUCACUAUGGAGAUCGGAGAAAAGCUGAAAGAGCUCAACAUGACAGCAGAUGAAAUGAGGAGAUUGACAAAGGCGUUUAAAGAUGAGAAAUUCAGAGAAAUGCUGAAUGAUUAUGCCCAGGAGAUAGCCGAUCCAGAGAAUAGGAGAAUCUAUGAGGAGGAGAUUGCUAUACUGGAGAAGGAGAGGGGAAACAACAUUGAAUUCAUCCACCCGAAGCCAUUCAGGGCCCUGAGGACCAGUGUGAACAGCAAGCAGAAGUGCUACAUCAACAUCUGUGCGAAUGACAAAGUUGGGAAGCCCGAGUGUAAGUGGGGGGUGUCUGAGGAUGGUCGCAGAGGGCACUGCUGGUCACUGCCUCACAAUCUUCACCCAGGAAGGGAAGACACCGAUCCAAAAGGGAACAAAAUCAUGAUCUAUGAUGUCAUAUUCCACCCUGACACCCUCCACAUAGCAAACAAAAAGGCAGAAUUCAUGCAAAUGGUGAUCAGCACGGCCAUUCAGGGAAUCCAAGAUGCCUUUAAGGUGACGCUGGACAAAAACAAUGUGAGAGAGAUGAACACAAAGUACAAGGGCACACCUCAGCCUUGUGUAAUCCGUAAACCCAUCCCUGGAUAUACAGCCAAACCUCCUGAAGAUCACCCACUUUCCUUUCCCUACCCAGAUGAAAAAAAAACCAAAACUAGCCCUGAUCCCAAACCUAAAAGCUUCAAAAUUAAGAAUGAGAAAAGCAAACUGCCCACUGAGCCAAGCUACACCAUGAAAUAUCGAUCAUUCAUUGACCUGCAGGACUUCAGAUGCUCCAGAGACUCCGGAAAGAGCCCCAGGCCCAAAGAGAUUGUCAUCACCAUCGACGUACCUCUGCUGAAGUCAGUGGCGGACGCCAGCUUGGAAGUGAAAGAGAAAAGUCUGCUGCUGGAGUCGGAAACGCCCGCCUACAGGCUGGAGCUGCCUCUGUCCUACCCAGUGGACGAGGAGAGAGGAGAAGCCAAGUUCAGCAAGCAGAGAAGGCAACUGACGGUCACGCUGCCCGUCCUUCCCUCCAAUGAGGUGAUGGAUUUUUGCUGGAGUAAUAACGGGACGGAAGGUGUCACGGAGGAACAGGAGAUGCAAGCAGAAGAAAGUCAAGUACUUGAAGAAGAGGUGGUUAAAGGCCAGGACAGCGUUGACGGUGAGGAAACCAUGAUGCAGGAUCUGGAAGAAGAUAUUGGUGAGGAGGAGCAGCUGGAAGAGAAGGGACCAGGUACAGAACUUGUACAGGAGGAAAAAGGAGUUGACGAAAAGAGAAGAGAGAAUGAACAGGAAAAUGGAGAACAGAAAACUCUUUACAUUCAAGAACAUUUGGUUAACCUCCAUGAAAAGAACAAAAAGGAUUCAGUGAGGGAAGCAAAUGCGCCACAGACAAUUGGAUCCAAUCAAGAAAACCCAGCAAAUGUUGAUCUGCUCCAGAUUUCACCCGUGGUCCCCACUCAACCUUCUUGUCGUGUAGAAAAUGCACAUGUGGACUUGUUUUCAGACUCAAGCGCUCAAGUAAAACAUGCCUAUAUGCAAGAAACAGCAGAAACAGAAGAGAAGGUGAAGAAAGAUCAGGACGGGAGUGAGGAACCUGAGAUGGCCGAUCAGCAAGAAAAAGAUAGUAGUGUGGAGGAGCAAUUGACAGAGAAGACAACAUGUGAAAAUCUUGCGGAGGAGGACACACUUGAAACUGGAGAACGGGAUGGCCUUCGCAUGAAACAAAGUCAGGUCAACCUCACUGAAAAUGAAAGUAAGUAUCCUGUGAGGGAAGAGGAGCAGCUGACAGGGAAAAGAAGCGAGGAGGACACACAGGAAAUUGGAGAACGGGGUGUACUGUGCAUUCAAGAAAGUCAGACCAACCGCAGUGAAAAGAAAAAUAAGACGCGAGUGAAAGAAGAUGCACCGCAGGAAAUGCACUCUCAAAUAAACACAGAAAGUGUUGAACUACUGCCGAUUUCUGUGGCGCCAGAAAAUGCAUAUUUAGAUUCAAGCACCCAAUUGAGGAACGACAAGAUGAAAGAAGCUGCAGAGACCGAAGAGAAGGAUGUGAAGAUGGAACUAGAUCCACUACAGGAGGAUGUACUAUCUGGUGAAGUCCCCACUGCAGAAAUAAGCUUGAAAAACACCAGAGAACUAAGUGAGACACCGGAAGAAGCUUCUUACAUGGGAGGAGGCGACAAAGUAAGGCACAUACCUGAGGAAAGCACUGCAACCUCGACGAAGGAUGAGGUGAGGAUGAAGGAAAAGGAGGAGGACCUGCCGGAAAAGGAGCUCAUCCAAAAACCCGAACCAGACAAGAAGCCACCGCCUGUCUCACUGAGGGAAAUUGACCAAGAUGGAAACGUGACCGUGUUCAACGAUCACACCACAUCAGCGGGAUUCCUCUUCCAGAACUCCCUCAUGUACGAACUUGACUGAGGCUGAAGAAUUGCUCGAUUGUUGAUUACAUUUCUUAUAUCACAAAAACCUGGCAUCUGAACAGGACUUUGUAGACCUUUUCUAUCAACUGUGUCAGUUUUCCAGAAACCUUCAACGGGGAGUGACAAAUAGACGGCUUGAAGCAAACACUCUCUGCCUGUUGUUUGAUGAGUUGUGUGGGUGUGAACAAAUGUUUAAUCGUACAGUACUUUAAAAAAGUGCUUUAAGGUGUUUUUAAGUGUGGGAGGGGCAACAUUAUAUUUAAAAAUGGUCUCCUUUAGGGCUGAGCAAUGAGUCUAAUUGAAAUG